GUUCUAAAUCACAUCAGUCCGAUCGAGCGCGAAUCCCAGUAGCGAUAGAUUUGGCUGCGCGUAUUGCGAAUCCGCAGUUCAUUCCGGCAGUUUCAAAACGGUAAAACAAAAUAAAUAGGUACCAGCCUGCAUAAUAAACUUGCGUGCAUAGAAAUCGGCCCACUGCUAACUUUUGACUUCAACUAUUUUUUUUUAGCAAGUAUCCAUGAGAUUAAAAAAAAGAAAUUUGCCAUUUGAAAAACAGUUUAAUAUCAUCUAAUAUGACUUGAAAUUAUGUAUUAUAAUAAUAAUCCUAUGAAUAGUUUCUAAAAAAAAAUAGGUGAAGUCAAAAGUUAGCAGUGGGCCGAUUUCUUUGCACUUGAGUGUAGAAUAAUUAUUGAUACCUUUUGUACAAAAAUAUGUGGGUGAUUUGGUCUCAAAAUGGACCCAACCCGUAUACUAUCGCAGAGCAGUGGGGGUGCACCUCUACGAAAUUCGAAAAUAUUUCCCAAAUUUCCACGAGAUUUUUCGGCACGACACUUUCAGUUCGUUCGCGAUCACUUAUAAGCGCGCAUUGUCCUAAGUUUUGUAAACCGCCUCUGCUCCUAUAUUGUUCUGUGUGCCGCAAGAAAAAAACAAUAACAUGAGCUCUACAGCAUCUACCGAACCCAAAGUCUGCGCACAAUGCAAGGAAAACAUCCAAGGCAAAUGUGUGCAAGCCAUGGGCGCCAACUGGCACGAGGACCACUUCAUUUGCGGAAACUGCAAAUCCAAAUUGAUUGGUCAACAAUUCAUGGACGUCAAGGGCGCUCCCUUCUGUCAAAAAUGCUACUUAGCUAAGCAUGCUGACCGUUGCAAGGGCUGCUCCAAGCCUAUUGCUGACAAAGCCGUGGUGGCUUUGGAUGCUAAGUGGCAUCAGAUGUGCUUCAGAUGCUCGAAAUGCGAAAAGCCCAUCAUGAAAGACCAAUCCUACAAAAUCGACUCCAAAACUGGCAAACCCCACUGUGUCAAAUGUUAAUUUUUUUUCUCGUGUCAGACCAUGACUGAUGAUGAUGAUGAUGAAAAAUAAUAAAAAAAUGAAUCUUCUAAUAAGUAUUUCCUAAAUAAGGAGCUAACCAUAUAAGUAUACCAUUUUUCCACUAUUCUGGUUUUUUCUUGUUUUAGAUUUAGCGCUUUGCAUUCAUUAUUUUAUUAAUAAAAUUCGAUUUAUUUUUGAAUUU